AUGGAUGGUAGAAGGCUGGAGUACUCACGGUUGGCAGAGUUUGAUGAGGUCCUGGUCCGUGGUCCCUGGAGGAAGGCCCCGUAUGUAGAGAACCUGACUGAGAACCUGACUGAGAACCUGACUGAGAACCUGACUGAGAACCUGACUGAGAACCUGACAGAGAACCAGACAGAGAACCUGACUGAGAACCUGACAGAGAACCUGACAGAGAACCUGACAGAGAACCUGACAGAGAACCUGACAGAGAACCUGACAGAGAACCUGACAGAGAACCUGACAGAGAGCCUGACAGAGAACCUGACUGAGAACCUGACUGAGAACCUGACAGAGAACCUGACAGAGAACCUGACUGAGAACCUGACUGAGAACCUGACUGAGAACCUGACAGAGAACCUGACAGAGAACCUGACUGAGAACCUGACUGAGAACCUGACUGAGAACCUGACUGAGAACCUGACUGAGAACCUGACUGAGAACCUGACUGAGAACCUGACUGAGAACCUGACAGAGAACCUGACAGAGAACCUGACAGAGAACCUGACAGAGAACCUGACUGAGAACCUGACUGAGAACCUGACUGAGAACCUGACUGAGAACCUGACUGAGAACCUGACUGAGAACCUGACAGAGAACCUGACUGAGAACCUGACUGAGAACCUGACUGAGAACCUGACUGAGAACCUGACUGAGAACCUGACAGAGAACCAGACAGAGAACCUGACUGAGAACCUGACAGAGAACCUGACAGAGAACCUGACAGAGAACCUGACUGAGAACCUGACUGAGAACCUGACUGAGAACCUGACUGAGAACCUGACUGAGAACCUGACUGAGAACCUGACAGAGAACCUGACAGAGAACCUGACAGAGAACCUGACAGAGAACCUGACAGAGAACCUGACUGAGAACCUGACAGAGAACCUGACAGAGGACCUGACAGAGAACCUGACUGAGAACCUACAGCUUUCAUAA